AUGGCCCCUCCACCUCCGGGAAAUCAGCCUUUGCAGCAGAGGUUGAUGCAAUUAGCACAGACCCUCCAGUUCGCGUGGUUCUGUGGCCAUGUUACGCUGUUCCUGUGCACAAUUCGCUAUGCGAUCUCAUACCUGACUUUCCGCUACAACUCCAAGUGGGCGGUGUUCUCUUACCGAACCGCUUUCAUGGCGGCAGCUGUCACGUACGGUAUCGUGGUGUACAAGGCAUACCGCGCCCGCAUGAGGUCCGGGAAACAGGGUAGCCCUCUGGCUAUGCUUGCGGACGAGAACGUGCAGUAUCUCCUAAUGGCACUCGUCUGGCUCUGGUCCCGUCAGAUCCCGCUCGCCAUCCUCCCCUUCACCGUCUAUUCUAUCUUCCACAUCGCGACCUACACUCGCGCGAACCUGCUCCCGGCUCUCCAGCCCCAGCAGCAAUCCCAGGACGGCCAGCCGCCCAAGCAAUCCGGCAUGGCUCAGACGAUCGGCCAGUUCGUCAAGGACUACUAUGACAGCAGCAUGACGCUCGUCGCGCUCCUCGAGAUCGGCCUCUGGUUCCGCGUCCUUAUGUCUGCCCUGCUCUUCCAGAAGGGCUCCUGGAUCCUUCUCGGCAUCUACAGCGCCUUCCUCCGGGCCCGCUACUCGCAGAGCAGCUUCGUGCAGGGCGCUAUUGCCCAAAUGACCCAACGCGUUGACGGCAUGGUCGCGAACCAGAAUACCCCGCCUGCGGUCAGGAAUGCCUGGGCCAGCGUCAAGGGACUCGCGAGACAGGCGGCUGAGGCUACGGACAUCAACAAGUAUGUCGGCGGUAACCAGCAGGCCGGCCCGAAGAAGGCGCAGUAG